GACAAUAGCCCAGAUGAAUAUAAUUAUUAAAUUGUCACUAAGGUCAGAUUAUAUGCUGAUACAAUCACUUCCUUACACAGUGACUGCUACCAAUUUUAUGUAGAGGUGAGAUAUUUGUAUUAUGCAUUAUAAAUUCUCUGCUUUCUUUCUAAAUGGUCAAUUAUUAAUAGAUAGUGUAUGUGUGUGUGAAGUCCACUGUAAUCCCUUUAUUAAAUGUUCAAAAGCAUGUAUGUGUAUGGGGGUGAUUUUUUUUUUUCCUAUCUUAAGCAUAAAUUUGAUUUAGACCAAUAUUAGCCUGUUUAAAAUAACUGAAAAUACUCAGGUAACUCAUUAGUAGUUUAGUGGCUCUUUGUCUAUUAUGCUUCUCUUAAAGAUAAGAUAUGGGGUUAUAAAACUGGUGUCUUGUUAAGAGAAGUAGUGUGUGUGUAUACAAUAUAAAAGCAGAUAAGCAUACGCAUUCAAUCUAUGACAACAUGACUGUUUGCUGUUCAGAUAUUCUACCAAAUUUUCAAUUACUGGAAGCAGCCAGACCUUGGUAACUAUGAGAUCCCCUUAAAUUCAUCAUUACCCUAAGGAGAACAUAUCGAGUUGGGUACUGGACCAACAUGCGUUCUCAAAAUCCGGAGUCCCUAAACUUUAGUUGUUUAAAAUAUUUUGAUAAUUAUUUCAAUAUAAUUGGUUUUUUCUUCCUUUUUUUUUUUUUUCAUAAACCAAUGCUUUUUAUUUUAAGCAUUUUAAAAUAUUAUUCUGAGGAGGGGGUCCACUGUCUUCACCAGAGUGAUCACGACAUUUAAAAGAUGAAAAAAAAAAAAAAGUUAAGAAUCCCGAGAUUAGAUCUCUAGUCUUUUACGUGAUUAAAUACUCCUAAAGAGUGCUUCGAGUAGUUGCAAGGCACUCUGGAAGUUGUAGUCCGGAUACAUGAGUUCCAGGAAAAGAGGAGGAGGCUCCAACGGUGGCCGGCGUGGCUCAUUUUUCCCUUCAGGUCCCAGUUCAGGUUCAUCUGUCUGCAUUCAGGUUCCUCAACCAGCUCAUUCCCGUCCCUAAGGAGGAGCCAGCGCCGGGCCGAGGAACCUGAUUGGCUUCGUUUUGUUUCCCUGUCCUUCCUGUGGUUUCAAUAAAGUUUUUUCGCCCUCCUUUUCCCUCUCCAAGAUGGCGACUUCCCUGUUGCCCUGGGUUACUCUGCGGCCCCUGGUACAGAGCUGGGUGCGGGGUACUUGCACCUUGUGGGGGGCUCGGGUAGUUGCAGCCGCCGCCGCCUCCUCCGCCCCUGCGACCGCCCCCGGGAGGCCCCCUCGGAAAGCUUAUACAGUUCAGACUGCAGAAAAUGUGACUCCAAAUACUCCAACAGAUGCUUUUUCAAAAGCUUUGGCUGUUUGCACUGGUCCUUUGGAACACUAUGAUUUCCUAAUCAAGGUUGAUGAAAUAAAGGACGAUGAACACCAGAGAAGAGUUGUACAGACUCUGCAGAAGCUACAUGAGAGCCUUAAAGGAUACAGCAUUGAAUCCAGAAGCUUUUUUUCAAAGGUUUUUGCAAAGAGAAAACCUCCAAAAGGCCUCUAUAUCUAUGGAGAUGUAGGUACAGGAAAGACAAUGGUGAUGGACAUGUUUUAUGCUUAUGUAGAAAUGGAGAGGAAAAAGAGAGUCCAUUUUCAUGGCUUCAUGCUUGAUGUACACAAAAGAAUACAUCGUCUUAAACAAAGUUUGCCAAAACGGAAGCCAGGGUUAAUGGCCAAAUCAUAUGAUCCUAUAGCUCCUAUAGCUGAAGAAAUUAGUGAAGAAGCAUGUCUCUUAUGUUUUGAUGAGUUUCAGGUCGUUGACAUUGCUGAUGCCAUGAUUCUGAAACAGCUUUUUGAAAAUCUGUUCAAAAAUGGGGUCGUCGUUGUGGCAACAUCCAACAGGCCACCUGAAGACCUCUAUAAAAAUGGACUCCAGCGGGCUAACUUUGUGCCAUUCAUUUCUGUUUUAAAGGAAUAUUGCAACACAGUUCAGUUGGAUUCUGGAAUAGAUUAUCGGAAAAGAGUACUUCCUGGAGCUGGAAAACUCUACUACCUCACAAGUGAAGCUGAUGUGGAGGCUGUCAUGGAUAAGUUGUUUGAUGAGCUGGCUCAAAAACAAAAUGAUUUAACUAGACCAAGGAUUCUAAAAGUGCAAGGCAGAGAGCUGAGGCUGAAUAAAGCUUGUGGAACCAUUGCAGACUGCACAUUUGAAGAGCUGUGUGACAGACCUCUUGGAGCCAGUGAUUAUUUGGAACUAUCAAAGAAUUAUGAUACAGUUCUUUUACGAAACAUACCUCAAUUUACACUGGCCAAAAGGACCCAAGCACGAAGAUUCAUAACUCUCAUUGACACUUUUUAUGAAUUUAAGGUACGUCUCAUCUGUUCCGCAUCCACUCCUCUGUCAAGCCUAUUUUUGUAUCAUCAUGAUGACAGUCAGUUGGAGCAAAGCAGAACACUGAUGGAUGAUUUGGGGCUGAGCCAGGAUUCAGCUGAAUCACUUUCUAUGUUUACUGGAGAAGAAGAAAUCUUUGCAUUUCAACGCACAAUCUCCCGACUCACAGAAAUGCAAACUGAACAGUACUGGAAUGAUGGUGAUCGAAGCGAGAAGUGAUUUUUACUUACAAAUAAUUAGAACUCAAGGCAAACACAGAUGUAUUAAAGGGAAAGCCUUAUUAUGGAAAUUAAACUAAUUAUUUUUUCAUUAAUGAAUUGAUAUGUUGUGCACUUUAUCCUUUGGACCAUUAAUCCUCUAACUCAGAUUCCUGAUAUCACAGAAUUCAUUUAUUCAUAAAUCAAAGCAAUUUUUACAGUUUUAUAUUUUUAAUAUUUAUUUUGCCCUUUGUUCCAUCAAAAAAAAGAUCUGUCAAUGCUCUUAAAGGUAACAGACUUUUUAGCUAUAUCUUAUACAUAAAGCUGCAUGAAUAUGGAAUUGGUUCCUGUUCCAUGCUGGUAAUAGUUAUAAGAAUAUGUCUUUGAUGAAAGAAAAAGCCACUUACAAAAGUAGAAAUCUUCAUACUAAAUUCAGUCAAAAAGUGGCAAUAAAAUCCUGAGUUUAUGUAUCUGGAUUAUAUUAUACUUGAAUUGUAAUAAAUCUGUAAUUACCUUAAA